AUGGACCAGGAAAUCUACAAGAAUACAUUGUGUCAAGAGGUUCUGAUACUUGAUCCGACUAACUUGAAUUCAAUUGAAGAGCUUGAAAAUUACACUCUGAAAUUUAUGGACAUAGUGAAAGAAACUGUUAAUAGCUUUUCGCACACAGUAAAAUCAACGAAAAAUAGGCCAAAAUUGAAAGUAUGGAAUGAGGGAAUAUCAGGGGCACUGAAACAGCUGAAACUGGCGUAUAAAUUGUGGACACAGCAAGGGAAACCACGCGAUCUAGGUAUCCUAACACCAGACUUUAAAAACAAGGGUGAAAAGUCCGAAGCAACUAAUUUUAGAGGAAUUACGGUACUGCCAGUUAUAGAAAAGAUCCUUGAAACUGUCAUCAAAAAUCGCGUGUCACAUUACAUUCAAGAAACACAGAAUUGCUUUCAACGUGGCUUCGCGGUAGAUCUCUCCUCUGUUGAAGAGGUAUCACGGGAUGCAAAAGGCAGGAGCGAAAGUAUUGACAUCAUCUUUCUCGACGCAAUAGCGGCGUUUGACGUAGUCAAUCAUGACCUUUUACUCAGACGGGUGUACCAUGCGGGUACUACUGACAAGCAUUGGUCUGUACUCCAAAGUAUACAUGACGGCGCCAAAAGUGUUGUUAAAUGGUCCGACAGCGUAUCUCAGUCAUUCCAUAUACAACAGGGAGUCCGCCAGGGAGGGGUACUAAGUACGGACCUUUACAAACCUCAUGUAAACCCGUUAUUAAGACGUCUUGAAGAGUCCAGCUAUGGCUGCACCAUCGGAGAGAUAAGAUGUAAUUCUAGUGCUUGCGCUGAUGAUAUCACACUGAACUCCUAA